AUGCAGUGGUGCCUACGCGACCAGAUCGGUCGGAACAUACAUGCAUACGUCGAUGACAUCGCGGUCAUGUCCUGGAAGGCAGCAGUGAGCCGGUUUGUCAGCCACCUUGGCAAGAAGGCACUUCCACUGUACAAAUUACUCAAGAAAGCGGACAAUUUCGUCUGGGACGAAACAGCAGACAAGGCCCUUCAGGAGUUAAAGAGGAUCCUUUCCUCCGCCCCCGUUCUGGCAGCUCCAACACCUUCGGAACCCAUGUUCCUUUACCUGGCGACAUCGAACAAGGUCAUCAGCAUCGUCAUUGUGGUGGAGCGACAGGAGGAAGAGCACGAGUACGGAGUUCAGAGACCUGUGUACUACGUCAGUGAAGUCCUGACAGAAUCCAAACAACGCUACCCCCACUUCCAGAAGCUAGCUUACGGAGUUUUUCUGGUUAGCCGGAAAUUAAGGCACUACUUCCAGGAACACCCCAUGACAGUCGUGAGCAAGGCUCCGCUGAACACAAUCAUCAACAACUCCGACGCCACCGGAAGAGUAGCAAAAUGGGGCAUCGAGCUUGCCGCAUUCGAGAUCAACUACAAACCAAGACAACCCAAUGCACCAGCUGCAGAGCUAAAGACCAUCCCUAUUACCUGGCCAUUUGCGGUCUGGGGGCUGGACAUGGUCGGAAAACUAAAGAGGGCAUCCUCCGGAUUUGAGUAUCUCCUAGUAGCUGUUGAUAAGUUUAGCAAAUGUAUUGAGGCUAAACCGGUGAAGAAGCCAGAUGGUGCAUCAGCACUAAAUUUUGUAAUAAGCCUCGUGGUCAGGUUCGGAAUUCCGCAUAGCAUUAUCACUGACAAUGGCACGAAUUUCGCAGUUGCAGAAUCAAAGGACUACUGUGAUGAUGUUGGGAUCCGGCUAGAUUUAGCUUCCGUAGCACACCCCCAGUCGAAUGGACAAGUGGAGUGGGCCAACGGCCUCAUUUUGAGCGGAAUUAAACCAAGACUUGAAGCUCCGCUCCGUCGUGCAUCCGGAGCUUGGGUCGAGGAACUGCCCUCGGUGCUAUGGAGUUUACGAAUGACUCCGAACCGAUCAACAGGGUUUACUCUGUUCUUCAUGGUCUACGAAGCUAAAGCUAUCCUCCCAACAGACAUUAUCCAUGACUCCCCACGAAUUUCUGCCUACUCAGAGGAAGAAGCUGACCAAGAUCGGCAUUUAUCCGUGGAUUUGUUAGAAGAGGCGUGA